AUGAAAGUAAAAAACAAACUACGUAGCGCUGAUGUCCAGGGCAUCCCCCCAAUUCUCCGAACUGGUGCUCUUGAGUUGGCUCCGGUCGUACCACGCCUUUUCUGGUACCUGUACUUGCUCAGCAAUGUCCUGAAAUGCUGGAAGACCGCAUUAAUACAUCCGAUCUCUAAAAAAGGCUAUCGAUCUGAUCCGUCCAGCUAUCGCCCAAUAACCUCCUUAUUCUCCAAAAUAAUGAAAUCCAUUAUACUGAGAUAUUUAGAGGGCCACCACCGGAUUAGCGAGUGUCAGUACGGCAUUCGUCGUGGUCGCUCAGCUGGUGACGUUCUCGUUUAA